AUGACCGUGAAAAAAAUUAAAGUUCUCCCCGUUGAGACGGUCAGCUCCAAAGUGACCCCAAUUGAGGAGAAAAUUCCCAAAGAAGCCCCACUGGAUCCAAUUAGAUGGUUCCUACGACGCUUUAAGCAUUUCUGCGCUGUAACUGCCCUCCAUGGGUACGGGCACAUUGUGCGGGAGGACACAGCGAUGUCGGAGAAAAUCUUCUGGGGCUUUUGUACAUUAAUUUCGAACAUUACGGCUUUGGUGCUGCUGUGGUUCUCCUGGAAUUGGAGCACCCUCACACCCGUAGUCACGGUGAUUGAGAGCACACACUACGCCACGUGGAAUAUCCCCUUUCCCGCCGUAACCAUUUGCAAUCUCAAUAAAAUUAGCGCAAAACGUGCUUUAGAACGUGCAACAGCUAUGAAGCGUCCUGAAAAUGUCUCCGCUGAGGACUUAUCUGAGCUCUUUCGUCAGUUGACCAUUUUUAUGGGAUACACUCACGAGGCUACGGAUGAUUUUGAAAUUCUAGACAAAACACUGGAGAUGAAUAAUCUCACGGUAUUUGGCCUUCUUCAGGAUCUAUCGCCAAGUUGUCCCGAAUCACUCGACAGGUGCAUGUGGAAGGGAACACAGACACGAUGCGAUACGCUAUUUCAGCCCAUAAAUAGCACCCUUGGAAUAUGCUGCUCCUUCAACUACUACGCCAUCGAGAAGAUGAACUAUCCGGAAAAAUUGCUUCACAGCAUCCCCAAGGAACCACGCAGGGUAACAGCGUGUGGACAUCAAACGGGUCUCACUGUGAUCGUAUCACCAGAUCUCGAAGAUUACCACACAACAAUCCUCGGAAGUUCAGGAUUUCGCGUGAUGAUUCACAAUUCCUACGAUCUCGUGGAUGACAAUGCAGAAAUGAAAAUAAUCGCCCCACGUCUGGAAGCUUUCCUCAGUGUCGCCCCGGAAGCCACAUACGCCACCAAUGAUGUCCUCCGCCUUCCGGUUUCAGUACGAAAUUGCCUAACCUCGACGGAAGUUAAAAUGUCCACCGUUAGAAAGUAUUCCUACCUAAACUGUAUGGCUGAGUGUCGGAGUGAAAUUGCUGAGAAACUCUGUGGAUGUGUACCACCGAAUUUCCCCAAUAAUGGCUCAAAACGCUUCUGUGAAAUGCACGAUUUGGAUUGCAUUGUCCAGAACAAGAAUAUCUACAGUGGAGCUGCUCCUGGGUUCAAUAUUACCCGCCGGGAGCCGGUAAAGGAUGAGUGGAUGACACAAACAAGAUCCGUGUGCCCAUGUCUGCCUGACUGUGAGUACGUAACGUAUGGAACGGAAGUAACAGCCGGUGUUUUCUCUCGGAAUAAUUCCUUCAACUCCGUCAGCUUCUUCAAGGAUAUAAACCUGGAUGACAAGACCCUCAUUCAUGUUUUCUUCCAAGAUCUCGUCUCUACACGCUACCGGAUGGAUAUGAAUCAAAAUUGGCUCAGCUGGUUAGCCACAAUCGGUGGGAUUCUUGGACUCUUUCUUGGCUUUAGUAUUGUGACUGGAUUUGAAUUUAUCUACCUCUUCACAUUGCGUGUCUUCUUCGAUCGAUAUGCAGAAAAAUAUCACGGAAAAGCAUAAGAAAAUAUGAGGAAAAAGCCCCACAAUUAUCCAGAAAAUCCACUAAAGUUAGGUUAUGUUUUCAUCCCUAAAGGGAUUUUUUCUUAUUUUCAGUGAAAAAAUUAAUUUUCGUCUAAGGUAUUUUGAUGAAAUAAAUAAAUUAUGUA